CCCUUUCAAUUACUUUCGUCUUUUGGUUGCCAGUUUCAUUUUGUAUUUCAACACCAUCACCAAUCCUUCGUCUUUACAUUUCCACCUGCACUACCAACUUCAAUAACCUAAGAAAUCAACAAUGUCUUUCAAUAAAGCACUCAACGAUGAGGAGGUCUACAACGAAAUGAAGAAGAUGGUUGCCUUUAUCAAUCAGGAGGCUCUUGAGAAGGCUCGCGAGAUCAAAGUCAAGGCUGAUGAGGAGUUCAAUAUCGAAAAGGCCAAGCUUGUUCGUCAGGAAGCUGUCAAUAUCGAGGCUGGUUUUCAGCGCAAAGUGAAGCAGGCUGAUGUUCAGCGUCGCAUUGCACAAUCCAACAAUAUCAACAAGUCGCGCUUAACUCUCUUGGUAACUCGUCAACAGAUGCUGGAUGAGUUGUUCAGCGAAGCAAGGAAGCGACUUUUGGCAGUUACCAAGGAUGCUUCCAAAUAUGAAAAAUUCUUAUCAGAAGCCCUUAUCCAGGCUUUCUUCCGCCUCCUUGAGUCUGAUGUCACGGUACAGGUGCGAAAGGCAGACAAGUCACUAGUCGAGAGACUACUGCCUGAUGUAAAAGAGCGCUAUGAGAAGGCUACUAAACAAACCGUUAAUGUCGAGAUCUUGGAUGACUACCUUCCUGGUGACAGUGCUGGAGGCGUGAUUGUCGCUGCAAAUGGCGGACGCAUCAAGUGUGACAAUACCCCCGAGGCUCGUCUUGCUAUCCUCGAAGAAAAUAUGCUUCCUGAUGUCAGGACCAUGUUGUUUGGACAGUCUCCUAAUCGCAAGUUCUUCAACUAGACAAGUAGCAUUUUGCUCAAUAUAUAAUCAUCCCUUCUAUCUCUACACGUCGUUUUUCUACUGCUAAAGUCUAUUUUUUUUUUUACCAGUUUCUUCUGCCAAACCAACGACAAGUUGAAUCAUUGAUUAUUUAGCUGAAAUAUAAAAUAAAAAUU